CGAAGCUAAAAAGAACCAGUGGAGGAAAGACAGACAAGGGACCGGAAAAUAAGGAUGGAAGAGCAAAUAAAUCAGGACCAGCAUCUACUUCUCCAAGCGCCACCGGAGAAAAGAGUACCGGUCACCCUACAGCCCCUUCUUCCUGGCUACGUCCCUACGUCGUGACCCCCGUCGUGCAGGAUUUACGGCGUGUGAUGCGUCCGCCCCUCUCAAAGAGUCGGUGGGAGGAGUGGUUUGCGCACCGGGAGUAUGAAGUAUAAAAAUGUCUGGGUCUGGAAGAAUGCAACUUGUCAUGCUAAAUCUGAAGCAUGCAAAAAUCUGUGCUGCAUGACUACCAAAAGUCGUCCAGUUUUGACCAAGUCGGGAGGGAGUUUCUCAUGCAGGAUAGGCAUGAGAGAGAUCGUGCAGAAUCUAUCUGUCAUGCUAGGCCCUGCAUUCCAGACCUCAUGGGUCAUGGAAAAGCUGCAUGACAAAUCGCGCACCCCCCCGGGCUUUAGUCGCGCAGUCUGUUAAGCAUGACAAAUCGCGCACUCUUCCAGACCCAGACAUUUUUACAUUUGAUAGGGAGAAAACGAUUCGCGCCGCGGUGACCGACCGUCCAUUCUGCGAGCACCUGCACUCCUGGUUCGCGACAAAGCAGCUACCCCAGGAGUUUAGCGGCGAGGGCGUGACGAAACAUCAGAAUCGGGGCCGCGAGGGAAAAGAUAAAGAUCUUGUCGAAGAGCUGCAGGGGAGUACUUCCAAGACC